CGCCACCCGGUCUCUCUCAUUUGUUCUCGGUCGCCAUUUUUCCCUCGUGCAUCGUGUCAUUUCGCGUCGUGUCGUGUGACUUAAUUUUACGGAAGUAUUGACUAGGUUCUAAAGCGAGCCAAAAAUGCCGGGUUUUAGCAGCGUGGGCACCUUCAAAAUCUUCAUCGGCAAUUUGGCCGACAAAACCUCCAACGCCGACAUCAAGCCCCUUUUCGAAAAAUACGGAAAGGUUGUCGAGUGCGAUGUCGUCAAAAAUUACGGAUUUGUGCACCUGGAGAAUGAGGAAGCCGGAAGGAACGCAAUUCAGAAUUUGAAUGGACAGAUGGUGCACGGACAGCCGAUAAAGUGCGAGGCGGCAAAGAGCCGCAAGGGGCCAAACACCCCGACGACGAAGAUAUUUGUCGGCAAUCUGACUGACAACACAAAGGCGCCCCAGGUGCGCGAGCUCUUUGCCAAAUUUGGGACGGUCGUCGAGUGCGACAUUGUCCGCAAUUACGGAUUUGUCCAUCUUGAGGCGACCGGCGACGUGAAUGACGCGAUCAAGGAGCUGAAUGGACAGAUUGUCGAUGGACAGCCGAUGAAGGUGCAGGUGUCGACGAGCCGAGUGCGCCAGAGGCCGGGAAUGGGCGAUCCCGAGCAGUGCUACCGGUGUGGACGCGGUGGCCACUGGUCCAAGGAGUGUCCCAAGGGCGGAAUGGGCGGCGGCGGACCUGACAGAAAUGGAUUCCGGGACCGCAUGUUUGGACGCGAUCCCUAUCCACCACCUCCACCCCCGCCUUUCCUCCGGGACAGGUUGAUGGGUGGCGGCCGUUUUGGAGAUUACGACAGCUACUACGAUCGACGAGGAUUUGAUGACACCAGGGAUCUGUACGAAAGGCGGUUUCCAAGUAUGACGGGUAUGUCUGGCCGUGACAUGGGAAGUUCCAUGCGCGAUUCUUAUCUGCCUCCAGUUGCCCCAAGACGAGAUCCAAUACCUCCUAUGCCUCCUCUAGGUAUGGGAUCCAUGCGCGACAGCGGCUUCUCCCGCAGCAAUGAUUACGGCAUGUUCAGCAGACGAUCACCCCCUCCAAGUGGCAACAACGGCCGAUUCAGGGAAGGUCUUCUCGUGGGAAUUGGGAAUCCGCUUCUCGAUAUUUCAGCGACUGUGGAUCAGGAUUUUUUAAAAAAGUACAAUCUUAAAUCCAACGAUGCGAUUCUUGCCGACGAAAUCCAUAAGCCACUUUAUGAUGAAUUGAUCGAACAGUAUAAAGCCGAUUUUAUAGCGGGAGGUGCUGUUCAAAAUUCCAUGAGAGUCGCACAAUGGUUUUUGGAAAAACCGUGCGUUUGCAUUUACAUGGGUUGUGUCGGAAAGGACAAAUAUUCUAAAAUUUUGGAAGACCGUGCCCGAGAAAAUGGGCUGAACGUCCGGUACCAGUACACCGAAAAGGAACAAACUGGAACCUGUGCCGUUUUAAUUACCGGAAAGGAGCGUUCAUUGUGUGCAAAUUUAGCCGCUGCUAAUCAUUUUUCACCCUCGCAUAUUGAGGAUCCGGAGAAUAAAAAACUCAUCGAAAACGCUCAAUUUUUCUACGUCUCCGGAUUUUUCUUGACAGUCAGUCCGGAAACAAUACAAGCGGUGGCCAAACACGCUUUCGAGGAGAACAAAGUCUUCAUGAUGAACUUGAGCGCUAACUUUUUGUGUGAACUUUUCAAGAAACCGAUGAGGGCUGCUUUGCCCUAUGUUGAUAUUCUUUUUGGAAAUGAGAGCGAGGCGGAAACGUUCUCAAAGGAAAACGACUUGGGGACGAUGGACCGGAAGGAAAUUGCCCUUAAAAUCGCGAAUAUGGAGAAAAUCAAUACGAAGAGGAAGAGAAUUGUGAUUAUUACUCAGGGCUGUGAUUCCGUGAUUUUAGCCAAGGAUAAUGUUAUCACGGAAUUCCCGGUGACGAAACUUCCUGAAGAGAAACUCGUCGACACCAAUGGCGCUGGAGAUGCUUUCGUUGGAGGGUUUUUGGCUCAAUAUAUUCAAGACAGGAGUUUAGAAACCUGCAUAAAAUGUGGAAUUUGGGCAGCGACCCAAAUCGUCCAGAGAUCCGGAUGUACUUACGAAGGAAAACCAAAUUUCGCUGCGUGACAAAGACCAGCGAGCGAAUGAAACGUAGCGAAAAAUAAUAUAAAUUGUACUUAAAACUUGAGAGAAAAAAGUAAAAAAA